AAAUAAAUUUUUAUCGGUCGAGAUUAUGAGUAAUUUAGUACUUUCCGCCUACAUCACUACCAUUGGUACUUUAAUCGAGAAAAAUGCAUACAAGUGCACGGUUCUAUACCAUUUUUUUGUGGUUAACUUUAACCCAAGCCAAAUUACAAGUUUCGCUUUAUUACGAGACAUUGUGCCCUGAUAGCAUGCGAUUUAUCACCACUCAACUCCACCCUUCGUACCAAAACUUUGAAAAAUAUUUAACCCUAGAUUUGGUACCAUUUGGCAAAGCUAGGGUAAAAAAAUCGGGUAAAAAACCCCAAAUUCAGGUUAAAUUCCAGGCUUCCAAUUCCUCGGGUCAUUGGCACUUCCAGUGCCAACAUGGCCCCCGUGAAUGUCACUACAACAAAAUCCACUCGUGUGUGGUCGCCCUCUACCCCCAAGAACCCGCCCUUGAUUUCAUCAACUGUGCCAUGACACCACCAAACUCCCCACAAACGUGUGCGAGCGAGACGGGCAUAUCGUGGAACGCAAUCGCUGAUUGCCUGGAACACCAAGCCGACGAGCUAUUGGCCGAAAAUGGCGCCAAAACCGAUGCGGUGACUCCGCCCAUUUCGUACGUCCCCACCAUCAUUUUUGACGGGAUUUACGACAAGGCCAUGCAGGAUUUCGCCGAAAAUAAUUUCGCAAAAUGCGUUUGUUUUUUGUUGAAGAACAGACCCGCCAUUUGCAAAAAACUCACCACUUUGUACAACAUUAUUAUGUAUUUAGUGACAGGCGACCCCAUCGGUGGUCUCAUCCCAAAAAUGAAACUUAAUUUUUUUCUUAUCACACUUAUCAAAAUUUCGCACUCAUUAAAAGUCUCCCUUUAUUACGAGUCUUUGUGUUACGACAGUUCAAGAUUUAUCACCCUCCAACUCACCCCUAACUACUCCCAAUUGAAAAAUCACAUCCAACUCGAAUUCAUCCCUUAUGGGAAGGCUACACACAAUUACGUCAAAAAUCGAUGGAUUUUCGACUGUCAACAUGGGGUUAAUGAGUGCCAAGGUAAUAAAUACCAGGCGUGUGCUUUGGCACAAAACAAUGGACAAGAUAAAAAUUUGGCAUUUGUGGAUUGUGUGAUGCGUGACCGAAACCCAGCUGACGUCACAAGAAUGAAAAAAUGUGCACAAAGGGUUGGGAUUGAUUGGGGGAAAAUCUCGAAUUGUGCGACGACGAGUCAAGGGGAUGAUUUGCUCGCAAAACAUGGGGUUAAAACUUAUGAUUUAGAACCGAACAUUUCCUUUGUUCCAACUGUGGUUUAUGAUGAUAAGUUUGAUGAUAAUUUGCAAGAAAUGUCGCUUGUGGACUUUGCAGCUGUUGUUUGUAGCAAGAUUAGGGGUGAUAAGCCGCGGAUUUGUGAUAAUAAAAUGUUACCACAAAGGAGACGUUUAUCAGAUUAUUUCUUUUAAUGUGAAUGAGUGUCUAAUAAAGUGUUAUCAAUUAUCACGUCUGCGGUGAUUUUAUCUCAAGAAUU